UGCAGCAGCUUCUCCCACUGCCAACUGUGGUUUUCCUCUCACCUGGAGUCUCUGCACUACACCAAGGGCUGCCCUCUCAAAGUUCACACUGUCUGCAACUUUUAACACAUCUGAGGACCGAUCGUUGCCUGUGCAUUGGAUUGGUAUUAGUGGAAACAUGUUUGCUUCAGCUGCAAUUGUCAUCGCCCUAGUGUGUUCCUGUUCACUGCAUCCUAGUUUUGGACAGGACUGUCCUAGUAAGCAGGAAAUACAGGGUUCUCUGAAGCAGGUCCAGAAGCUUCUUUCAGCCCACGAAGCCUCCUACUUGCAGAGUCUACGCAAUCUGAAGAAGAAAAUAAACUUAUUGCAGAGCAACACAGUGAAGCAGACAACAAAAGCCAUUAACAGUACCUGCACAAAACUGGAUGCACCCAUUAAUGGAAAGAAACUGGGCAAGUCACACAGCGUGAGCCAUGAGGUUCACUUUCUGUGUGACCCUGGAUAUGAACUGGUGGGAUCAGAGAGCAGGGUUUGUCAGGAAAGUCUGACCUGGAGCGGCCAGCAGCCCACCUGCCGAGACAUCAAUGAGUGCGGGUCCUCUCCAUGCCUGAAUGGUGGGACGUGUUUGGAUGAGGUGAACCAGUUCUCCUGCAUCUGUGCCAAAGGCUGGGCUGGAGCGACCUGUCAGAGCCCUGUGCCAACAUUCUUUGUUACCAUGACAAACACCUCUGCUGCCACCUCUGCAGCCACUGCUGCUGCUGCUUCUAUCUUGCCAGCUGCCACCACUGGGGCCUUUGUUCGUCCAUCACGUUGCACCAUAGUGCAGGGGACCACCCACUGCACCUGUGAGCCAGGAUACACCAUCUCUGGAAGGGACAGCAACACCUGCACUGAUAUAGAUGAAUGUGAGCUGUUCCACAAUGGCCAGGCUGGGAGACUGUGUUUACACACUUGUGUUAACACCCCUGGAGGCUACCGCUGCUCCUGUCCAGUCGGAUACAAUGUGACCCGCGAUGGACGCAGCUGUAAAGACAUUGAUGAGUGUGCCACCAGACAAAACAACUGCACAAAGGACCAGAUGUGCAUUAAUACAUAUGGUGGCUUCCAGUGUGUCCGUGUGGAAUGCCCAAAAAUCCCUAAUGCUACAUAUGUCAAGACGUCGCCAAUGCGUUGUGAACGCAACCCCUGUCCUGUGGACAACAAGGCAUGUUCUCAGGCCCCAAAUUCCUUCUCCUACCAUUACCUGGCUGUCGUGUCCAACCUGUCAGCUCCUCGCGUCAUGUUUAGGGUUUCAGCCCUGCGCCCAGUGGGUGACACGCUUCGCUUCUCCCUGCUGGGGGGGAAGCAAGCCCGGCGCCACUUCACAGUCCAGCGUUCAGACCGUCUGACGGGUCAGUUGAUGCUGGUGAGCCCUGUGCAGGGCCCUGCCACUCUGGAGGCAGAGGUGGAGAUGAGUGAGCUGGAUAGGCGUGUCCAGCUGGGGAGGUAUAUCACCAAAAUCACCAUGUUUGUCUCUCAGUAUGAGUUCUAGAAAGAAAGAGCUGAAACACAGUGGAAACACUCUUAGAGCACUAAGGCCAAACAGGAGUUUGGUUUGGGUUUAGAGAAGGGCUGAGGAUAUCUGGUCAUGGAUGUGUGAUAAUCUGAUGUAUUGCAGUGAGCAUCUCUAAAGUCACCUGUAACUGCUGCAAAAACAGCUGCUGCUGCCAGGUAUCAAAACUGUAGUAAAGUAAGCAUGAAAUAAUGGUGGGACAGCAGCUGUCUUGCACAGCUGCCUGCAAUAAAUGUUUUAGAAUAUGGGUUCUUCAGAGGCAUUGGUAAUAAGCUAAAGAAAUCCAAACUAAGUGAUGUAUGUUUGGGUGACUUAAGAACAAGAACAAGAGGACUGUAUGGAUUAACUAUAAAAUAUUUCUUGCACAAAGAUAGAAAUGAGUGAGGAGAUAUAGAGAGGGAAUGACAUGAUGUAGCAAACAAUAAACCAUUCAACUGAAAGACACUUGUAACAAGCUGAAGUACUACUUUUGUAAAUGACAGUCUGGCUAUGUCAACAUAUAUGUUAUGUAAACUGGGCAUGUAAUCACAAUGUGUGAAGAUUUUGUAAUCCUUUCUACUAUCAUGUUUUAUUUAUUUUCUGGUCUUAGUACAAUUUCCAGUGCAAUCAUUAAAACACCAUAUAAAC